AUGGCUGACGAUGGUAUGCUUCUGAAUUUCGCGGUCGGCGAUAAGCCAUGGGCCCCGAAAACUACAGCAUACACAGGUGGUCGCUGGAAGGAUCGUUUGACGGCGAAGAAGGCCUUGCAAUACGGGCAGAACAAGAGCAACCCGGACUACAAGAAAGAGAACGAUGCGAGGAACGACGUCCGCUCAGGAUCAAACUCGGAACCGCGGCCAUUCAAGCGCCAGAAGACCGACGGCGGCGAGUACAAGCCCACACACACUACUGGUCGCACCGGCCCUAGAGACAGCAACAACGCCCCCAGACAGCGCCCAAAGGAGGUCAUCUCCUCUCUGUUCACGUACAACCCCUCCGCUACGACCGCUCCUGUCGAGGAAGAAGAGGAAGCAGAAGAUGCGGAACCCGUACAACCCUCUAACGCUCCUUUGAGCUCGGAGCUGGACACUUUCCUGUCGCUAGGUCUAUCCGCAAACGUAGCCCGCCACUUGCUUGAAAAGAUGGGCAUCAAAGCCCCGACAGCCAUUCAGGCAAAGGCUGUGGCACAACUGGUAAAGGACGACUCCGACGCUUUCAUCCAGGCCGAGACUGGUUCCGGUAAAACACUGGCAUACCUUCUUCCUAUCGUGCAACGUUUGGUGACUAUGUCGGAGACUGCGAGAAAAGCAAAUGGCGGUACCGGUGGUCUCACGCGAGACUCUGGUCUGUUCGCCAUCAUCUUGGCCCCCACUCGCGAACUCAGCAAGCAGAUUUCAACUGUCCUCGAAACUUUACUUGGCGCUGCUCACUGGAUUGUCGCUGGAACCGUCAUUGGUGGAGAGAAGAAACAAUCAGAGAAAGCGAGGUUAAGAAAGGGCCUGAACAUCCUUGUCGCCACCCCUGGUCGCUUGGUCGAUCACUUGGAGCACACAGAGAGACUCGAUGUAAGCAACGUAAGAUGGCUAGUACUGGACGAAGGUGAUCGUCUGAUGGAGCUUGGUUUUGAGAACGACAUUCAGAAGAUUGUGUCUUUGAUGAAUCUUCGUAUGCGAAAGGUCCAGCAACCUAUUCCCGGACUACCCGAGAAACGAACAACCGUCUUGUGUUCUGCAACCAUCAAGAUGGACGUUGAGAGACUGGGCAAUAUCGCUCUGAAGGAAGCUGUGUCAAUAUCUGCUGAAAAGCCUAGAGAUGCAGAAGACGCGGAAAGCAAUGGCCACGCCUUCUCGGCGCCGGCUCAGUUGAAGCAAUCGUACGCAGUUGUGCCAGCCAAACUGAGACUGGUCACACUUGCCGCGCUUCUACGAAGGUCGUUUGCCAGGAAGGGAUCUGUCAUGAAGACCAUUGUCUUCAUGUCAUGUGCUGACUCUGUCGACUUCCACUUCGAAAUUCUAACACGUGAGAAGGAAUUGUCGAAUUACGAGAAGAAACUCGCUCCAGGCAAGAUCAGACAAGGAGGCUCAAUUGACGACGCGUGCACCGAGGCUAUCUCACCGAUCAUAUCGGGCAAAGAUAACGAAGUCUCAAUUUUCCGUAUGCAUGGUUCGCUUCCGCAAAACAUCCGUACCUCUACACUAAAGGCUUUCACAACCAACAAGGAUGCUUCGGUCAUGAUAUGUACAGAUGUCGCUUCUCGUGGUCUGGAUCUUCCGAACGUCGACUUUGUCAUCGAGUACGAUCCCGCAUUCAGCAAAGAUGACCAUCUCCAUCGUAUUGGUCGUACAGCUCGUGCAGGACGUGAUGGACGGGCUCUGAUUUUCUUACAACCGGGCAACGAGGAAGGCUACGUCGAUGUCUUGAAGGAAGGCCGAAGAGACGCAGGACAUGGUCUUACUCGUCACGACGCAGUCGAGCUGCUGAAGAAGGGUCUGACGCCAACCUCAGGUACAGUCUCUUCUGGUCGUGAGUGGGAGGAAAAAGCAACAGACUGGCAACUGGAUGUCGAGCGAUGGGCACUCGAGAGCCCAAAGCAUCUCGAGCAAGCCCGCCGCGCAUAUCAAAGUCACAUCCGUGCCUACGCUACCCAUGUGGCUGCCGAAAGAGGAUUCUUCAACAUCAAGACCCUUCACCUCGGUCAUUUAGCAAAGGCUUUUGCGCUCAGAGACAAGCCUGGUAGCAUCAAGGUGCCAGGUCUUCGUCCUGGCAAGGAAGAAGGCAAGAAGUCCAAGGACUCUCGCCACAAGGCCAACGUUAAGGGAGCAAAGGGCUCGGGUGCAAAAGCAACGGCGCCAGACGGUGACGAUGCUCCACAGAUGAAUGACGCUCAGGAAGCGGCAAGAAUCAUGCGCGCAAAGACAAAGGCCAUGAUGGGAGGUGGUGCUUCGGAAUUCAAUCUUGGUUAA